AUGUCUGAUGAACAUGAUGAACGUACUUAUAUCAUGGUGAAGCCCGACGGUGUCGAGCGUGGUUUGGUUGGAGAGAUUAUCAAACGCUUUGAAAAUAAAGGUUAUCAACUUGUAGCCAUUCAACAGUUCAAAGUCGUUGAAACCGGACGUAAACUUUUGGGUGAAACUGAUCCUCUCAAAUCUGCUCCCGGUACUAUUCGUGGUGAUUUUUGUAUCGAUCUUGGACAUAAUAUCUGUCACGGUGCUAAUAAUGAGAUAAACCUUUGGUUCCCUAAUGGUGUUGUGUCAUGGAAACGCAUUAAAUCAAAUAUUAAGAGUUGA